AUGUCGAGUUGUCAACGGGUCGCAAGACCGAUCGCCCGGUCUUUACGGCAGCAGCCGUCCAUCCAAGCAUCGUCGUUUGCUUUGAGUCGCACCUUUGCGCAGAGUGCCGCCAGGAAAGAUGAGGCCACCACUACCACCAAGAGCACACCACCACCCCCAGAGCCGGUAGCACAGUCCCCAGAGACCCAAGCGUUGCAGAACGAUCCCAGAAACACCGUCACGAGCUACUGGGCCGAGCGAAAACUCGUCAAGAAGGGACUCCCCCCCAUCGGUUCCCGACGUCGUCGUGCUGCCAUUCAGACAUCGCAGAACAUCCCAUUCGAGCACCUGCCAUACCAAGCCUUUCAGGAGGCCCGCAACAUUCUGAACGAGGACCGUCAGGAGAAGCUCAAAGCCCUGCAGUCGGCACUGGCGUCGAUAAAGAGGCUGGAGGAGACCCCCGCUGAUCAAUUGCCUGGCGGAGAGAGGAAGAAGAGCAUGCGCUUGACCAGCUUACGGGAAUACGUCGAGGAACUGAAGGUCCUGGUGGAUAUCAACGACCCCGUCGUUAAGCGCAAGUUUGAAGAUGGCCUUGGCGACUUCGACAAGCCCGUCUACCGUCACUUGGCAGAGAAGAAGUGGCGUGGAUACCCUCUCCGUCUGAUCCAACAGCGAAUUGAUACCCUCAACAUCGUGCCGGAUGUGCUUCCCAAGUUUGAGCCGACUGCCGACGUGCAAAUGUACUUCCGACGAAACAAGGUCGAGCCGGGUGAGAUUCUUGACAGCAGGGUCACCGAGAACCCACCCCGCUUGAAGGUCCAGGUCUUCAACGCCGGAGAGCGCCUUGUGUCCGUCGUCGUCAUGGACUCCGAUGUGCCGAAUGCCGAGAACGAUAGCUUCGAGCGGCGCUGCCACUACCUUGCUGCGAACGUACCCAUCUCGCCCAACCAGCAAUCAUUGCCACUCUCGCAGGUCAACAGGGAGAGCCAACUGGUCGUCCCCUGGCUCCCUGCCUUUUCGCAGAAGGGCGCACCAUACCACCGUCUCUCGGUUUUCGUGCUCGAGCAGAAGCCCGGUGAGACCUUGGAUGUCGCCAAGCUCAAGGAGCUCUACACCGCACGCGAUGGAUUCAGCUUGAAGAGCUACAGGGACAAGUUCGCCCUGAACCCCAUUGGUUUCAACAUGUUCCGUACCGUGUGGGAUGAGGGUACAGCGGAUGUCAUGAACCGCCACAACAUCCCAGGCGCCAACAUCGAGUUCAAGCUCAAGCGCGUGUACUCGCUGAAGGGAGACAAGAAGCUGCGUGGUUGGGAAAUCAAGCGACAGAAGCCCAAGUACAAGAGCUUGUGGAAGUACACCCACAGAGUCCGUGGAUUACCUCGUUACAAGGGCCGCCGACACGACUAA